ACCCUACGCACCAUUCAGACUCUCAGCAGUUACCAGUGUCAAUAUGAAGGUUCUCGUAGCACUUUGCUUUGUGGCCGUGGCGGCCCAGGCCGUCGACAUCGAUUUGGAUACGAUCAACACGAUGCGAGUCGUACCUGAAAACGUAGCUCGCAUAUUGGAAGCGCACCAGUGGAUUCCUACCUACGGUUUGGGACGCGUCGUUGGAGGAUUCGAAGCCAAGCCUGGACAGUUCCCUUACCAAGUCGGUCUGUUCGUGAGCGUGAGCGGUGGCACUGCUUUCUGCGGAGGUUCGAUCCUCAACAACCAAUGGAUACUCACAGCCGCUCAUUGCGUCGACACUGCCAGAGCCGUCGAGGUUGUCGUCGGGGCCCACGAUAUGGUCCGCCGCCUGGACACGGGCUUCAGAGUCAACGGCAAGAGAUGGUUCACCCACGAGAACUGGGACUCUUACAACCUCGUUAACGACAUUGCGUUAAUCGAACUCGAAAAACCAAUCGAAUUCUCCGAUCGCGUCCAGCCGAUCCGUCUGCCAAAAGACUCUCAGGCCAGCGAAACCUUCGUCCGUCAAACCGCGGUUGUAUCUGGCUGGGGAAAAGACUCAGAUUCUGCCAGUGGCAUCAGCCCCGUCCUUCGCUGGACCUCGAACCCCAUCGUGACUAACAGCGAGUGCAACAGAAAGUACUUUGGCUCAAUUGGAGCUGGCCACAUCUGCCUGGAUGGUUCAAACCUUCGCUCUUCUUGCAGCGGCGACUCUGGUGGCCCAUUGGUCAUCGAGGAAGCUGACGGCAAACCCACCCAGAUCGGUUUGGUGUCCUUCGGUAUCUCCCUAGGCUGUGCCAAGGGCUGGCCCAGCGUAUACACUCGCAUCACCAGCUACACGGACUGGAUCGAGACCAACACCAACGUCCGAGCUGGCUAUUGAUUCAAAGAAUUCUACAACGAAUGUCAUAACUAUGAAUGAACCCAUACGAUUCGAAUAAUCUAUUUUCUGUUUUCAAAAAUAAAUGAAGAGUUCAGACCUCACCUGAUCAAA